AAGGAUACUAGACCGGAUUUAUAAACGAAAUUACAGGAUCAAAAAUGGUGUUGUGUAGGCAACGCGCUCAUCGGAUGUUUUGAUGCGCCACCCGCUCACCGCUCAGAUUCAUGUCUCCUUAGAGUUUGACAGAUUGAACCUGACCUCCGACUCCUUAUAGCGUCCUUUCGACGAGCCGUGAGUAUCGACCUCGUUGACAACGAGCCCAUCCUGAACUUUUGAUUUUCUCUCCCUUCUCCCAUUCCUACGCUGACCCAUAUGAGAGCCAUUAGGUUUCUGAAGGCUUUGUUUCACCGCAGAAAGCUAUACAGCCUGCUGAUCAUCCUCCAUGCGAUUCUGGUGCUGAUCCACAUUUGCCUGGUUAUUGUGUGGGCUCGAGGCGCCGAGCACGCGGUAACCAUCUCCUUGGACCGCGCUGGGACGAUAUCCAAUCGCAUUGUCUUCGCUUCGCAAAUCUUUAUCAUCACGUAUACCGCCUGCCUUCUGCUCAUCACGCAACGCCUCUCGCUGAACAGUCUGCUGCUCCGGCCAAGGACACUCACAGCGCUUCAUGAUGUCUCGAGUGCAUGGACAGGCCUCGGCGCGGGACUGUUGAGUCUCUGGAGACAACUGUCCAUCCCCACAGCCGUGUUCGGAACGCUCGGGGUCACGGUGUAUCUAGGCUGUCUGUCCAUCCUGCACAUCAGCACGCCGGCCUUGUUUUCCAUGGACGCGUUCAACCAAACGGGCGCACUACCGGUCGGCUUCAUCGCGGGUAUGCCCAGCGUCGGCGACCCUACGCUCUUCCACUCUGUGUAUGCGCCGAGCCUCUGGGCCACGACGGCGACGCUGUUGCCGUACCUUUUACUUUCGGAUGACCAGUCCACGCUCGGUCUCGCCAAUAACACGCUGUACGACAUACUGGACCCAAACAGUGGUGGUGUAGGCGACGUCACUGUCAGUGCCAUGACAGCGAACGUUACAUGUCACUCCCUGCCAAAUCCCACUGGCACGAGUGAUGGCGUGGACCAAGACGAGUGGACUGUCAGCGUCGCGAGUGACGAUUACAACAUCAGCUUCAAUUUCACUAUAGGCGGCAUGACGCUCGGCUCGCUGAUGCGGAUCACAUGGUACGACCAGGACAUAAACGCAACCUUGCUUCUCGGCCGCAAUGCCAUAUUCGUAACGAGCUUUAAUGUCACCGACGGCAGUGGAGGACUUGGGUCACAUGUAUCUCUAUCUGGGUCUGGUUUCGACUACUUGCAAAUCAUUGGCUGUACACUCUCAUGGAGCCCAACGAACGUCACCGUGGAUGCCGGUACACGAUACAUCGUCGGGAUGGGUUCCGGAGCAGCUACCAGACGGUCAUCCGAGUGGACAGCGUGGAAGCCUGGCUUUCAAGCCUUUCCGCAGGAUCGUGAGGACUUGCAGGUGGAUUCCUGGGCCGACAUGCUAGUUAGCUCGGCGGAUCCACCUGGCGCAGUGAUGAACUUAUCAGAUUUUACAGAAACUGACAUGGCGAGCAUACAGACGUUCAUCGUCAACGUGCUCAACGAGACUCUGUUCACAUCCCAUAAUGUGACUUUGACAGAUUUUGAAGAUACUCUUAAUCGCUUGACCGCGUCUAUGUUCUGGGCAGCGGCUCAUAUGCCUGCGCCAGACACGCAAGGGGACUACUUAACACUCGCCAACGGUUCCACGCAAGUUCCACAAACUGUAUCCCGCCUCAAUUUGAAUCUUACAGCAGUUAUCUUUGGAUUGUCCGCCUCAGUUAUCCUCCUUGCGUUCGCACUCUACCUGACAUGCGGCGCCACAAGGGCAAGACACAAAAUGGACGGCAUGGGCGUGUUACACGUCCUCUGGCUCGUCGCCGACCGGCCGUCCGUGCUGAACCGCAUCGCCAGCGUCAGCGAGCCCACCACGGACGAACUGCGCAGAGUCGGCGUGACGGAGAUCGUCAGCCUCAGUCGCACCGUCAACGAUGAGGACUCGGUUGAGGCAAAGUAUAGCAAGGUGGCAUUGCAGGAGACUGAUACUGCAUAGUUCCAGGUUAUCGUAAGUCGCCCGCAGGCACUGUAGCAGAAAUAGCGCCCGGGAUUUGCAGUGUCGUCUAUUCCAUAAAGUCACAUGUGCGAAUCCUGGACAAGUCGAGCAUAUCCCAAGGCCGCACGAGUAGACGUGAAGUGAUAGGAUGAAUGAAACGGCCAGAUGGAACCACGCCCGAGGAACAAUCGCACGAGUUACGGGCGAUGACCUCUGGAGUAGAUGUGGCGACUAAGAUUGAGCCUAUCGCACCAUGCAAUAGCCUGUUGAACGGCACAGACGAGAUGAUUAAUUAAAGGAGCGCGAGAAUGUUUGAGGCCGAUCGAAGAGUCG